CCACCCAAACCCCAAUCAACUCAACCCUCCACAAGACACUCUGACCCAUUCUAUGGUCACGAGCAGCCUUCGCGGUUGUGCGCCAGGUUCAUCACCCAUCUGUUUGCUUGUCCCGAAUACCCCCCAUCGUCUUCUAACUCUCAAGUCAAGCUCCCGCAUUUCAUCGCAUAUACCCUCCACCGCACGAAGUUGCACUCAUCU